CGGUGGCUGUGAACCCCUUUCGGUGACGGAGAUGACGACAGUAACGGCGAUGGCGAUGGCAACUACGGCGGUGUUGUCUUGUUUGUUUCUAGGGUUUUUGAUGCUUUGGUUGGCUUCUUUUCGUUGUUUGUCUGAAUUCUUUGUUGGGUUUUUUAUUUAAAGGGUUGAAUUUAUUUGUGGCGUGUAGAUUUGAGGGUGUUGAAUUUGGAUCUGGAUGGUUUAAAUGGGGUUUUGGUGAAAAGAGACUUAGAUUCUUCUUCAAGUUCACUCUUGUUUAGUGCUUUGAUUGUGCGUUGGUUGAUUCCUACUGUAUAUGCCUCUGUUUUCAUUUUGGGUUUUAGAAAUUGGGGAAACAUAAUGGGGUUAUACAAAUUCGGGAAAUGACGGACAUUUUCAAUUAGAUUUGAUGUCCUAUAACGAAUUGCUGGAUUUAAAUAACAAUUUAUUCUUGGUUCUGAACAUGUCCUGAUUCUGUUGAUUCUGCUUCUGGUUUCAGUGAAACAUAUCGGUAUUUAGAUCUUCCAUUCUAUUCACCAGCUUAUGUGACCGAGAAGAAAGAAGCUCUAGGUGAAGUCUUGAACGGAGAUCGUUUAGUCAGUGCUCCCUACAAGCUUGAGUUCCUAGGUGACAAGGACUAAUGUUUGCAAAAAAACAGUGUCUAAGGAAGAGGUAGCUCAGUUCCGAAAUGCAGUCACUAAGGACUACUACUUCCAGUUAUGAUGAUUUGCCGAUCUGGGGUUUAUCUCAUCGGCAGUAGGACCCUCCCGCAGCUUCCUACGAUGCUUUCAAUGGUAGAAGAUGCCCCUGCCGCCCCUGUUUCAAAGGUAUGAUAAUCUGAUCCCCGUGGAGCAGUAGCCCAGAAGUUCCACCGCCAAUGAGAAUUUCACCAUCCUUGGUCGAUCGGCGCAGCCUUAGGACUAUAACCCCGAUUACUCCUCGUCGUGAAGGAAGAGCCUCGUCCAUUCCAAUUCCAUUAGGAAGAUGGUAGCCAUUAUGGUGGCAGAGGUUGACGAGACUAGGUCAGUUUCGAAUCUGAAGAAGUCGCGGGGAACUCGGUUGGAACUUGUCAGAAUCACAAGUCAAAGGUAGGGAGAAGGAUAGAAGGAGAGGGGUAGUUUUGGGAUAAUAAGAAAAUGGUGUUUUACACAUAAGGGCUAAAGUUUCAUUUCAUAGCAUCACUUAACAGAGAUUAACGGUAAGGAGUCUAGUUUGGUGGCCGUGUCGGAGUAGAUAAUACCAAAUCAAAGAGAGAGAUAGGUAGAUGGUACGUUUUGGAGGAUCUAAUUCAUUAUAUCCAAGUCUAACCUGGGUUCACUUCUUCAUCCAACCAAAUAUUAAGCUCUAUUAAAUCCCUCAAUCACACACAUCCAAAAAUCUAAUACCAAAGUAGGAAAAGCAUGGCAUCAAUUCCUUGCACGCCAAACAUUCUAAAACCGUACCUUCUUACUUCCUAUAUUCCUUUCCCUUGCCUCACUCAAAAUGUGGACCUUUUUGUUUUUCUGGUAGAAAAAUGUAUACCCAAGUUAUCUUGCAAGUUGAGCUGCAACUUCCCUAGAAAUUGCAUACCAACUGAAUACUAAAUUCCCAAAAUCUCUGUAUUGUCUUCCCUUGCAAUUUAAUUCUCUCACCAAUCUAUGACCCCCAACUGCCUUUCUCUUUGAAUGAAGAACACAACAUACCCAAGCUCCAAAAGAACUCUCCAAGUCUAGUAGUUCAGCUUCCUCUUUCGAUCUUGUAUUUGUGAACAUUACAAGAUGAAAAUUUUGAAGUUGGGGAGAGGAGUCAGAAAUGUAAUCAUCAAACCAUUUAGAAAACGCCGCAGGCCCUCUAAACUCAGUCCUCCACCACCAGAGCUUCCUCCUCCUCCCCCUUCACCUCCUUCUGAACCCACAAUGCCAUCACCUCCUCCACAGAAACCCACUUUCCCUUUCCUCUUCCCUCGGACCCAAUCCACUGUUCUUCCUGACCCAUCUCGUUUCUUCUCUCCAAAACUCCUCUCGUCACCUCUUCCAACAAAUUCAUUCUUCCAGAAUUUCGUUCUCAAAAAUGGUGAUCAGCCUGAAUAUAUACACCCUUAUCUCAUCAAAUCAUCUUCCUCUGCCCUCUCCCUCUGCUACCCAUCUCGCUUUGUCAAUUCAGCUUUCAUCUAUCAAAUAUUUAAUCAAGAUCUCAUCAUAUCAGCUAGUCAGAAUACCACAGAUGAUACCCAUAACAAACACAUUAUCUCCUCUUUCAGUGAUCUUGGUGUCACCUUAGACCUCCCUGGUGAUCUUCAAUUCUUCCUUGUUCGUGGAAGCCCAUUUCUGACCUGCUCUGUCAAUAGCCCAACCCCCCUUUUUAUCUCAACAAUCCAUGCAGUUCUCUCCCUCACACCCAACCGUUCCUUCACAAAGUACACCAUUUCUUUGAACAACAAUCAGACAUGGCUCUGCUACACUUCCACACCUAUCAAGUUGACUCAGAGCAACACAUCUAUUCUCACUUCUGAUAAAUUCUAUGGAAUAAUCAGGUUUGCAAUCCUUCCUGAUUCUGGCUCACGAUAUGAAAUUAUCCUUGAUCAGUUUAGUUCAUCUUAUCCGAUAUCGGGAGAAGCUGUGUUCACUCACCCCUUCUGUUUGGAGUAUAAAUGGGUCAAGAAGGGAUGGGGAGACCUCCUAAUGCUUGCCCAUCCUCUCCAUCUAAAGCUCUUGUCGGUUGAUAAUGGAGAUGUUGCUGUUUUGGAGGAAUUCAAGUACAGAAGCAUGGAUGGUGAGCUUGUUGGAGUUGUAGGACACUCAUGGGUCUUGAAACCUGACCCUGUUUCAGUAACUUGGCAUUCAGUUCAUGGGAUCAAUGAAGAAGCCUUUCCCGAAAUUGUUUCUGCUCUCAGCAAAGAUGUUGACAAUCUGAAUUCAUCUCCAAUAACGACUAAUUCAUCUUACUUCUAUGGAAAAGCAAUAGCAAGAGCAGCUAGAUUGGCAUUGAUUGCAGAGGAGGUGUGCUAUCUUGAGGUGAUUCCAAUGAUUAGGAAGUUCUUAGGGGACUCGAUUGAGCCAUGGUUAGAUGGAACUUUCAAUGGCAAUGGAUUCUUGUACGAUGGCGAAUGGAGAGGAAUUGUGACGAAACAAGGAUCAUUGGAUUCUGCAGCAGAUUUUGGAUUUGGGAUAUAUAAUGAUCACCAUUACCAUCUGGGUUACUUUCUCUACACGAUUGCAGUGCUUUCGAAGAUUGACCAGGCAUGGGGGAGAAAGUACAAGCCUCAGGCCUAUGCACUGAUGGCUGAUUUUAUGACCCUGAGUAAACGUUCAAAUUCACAGUACACUCGUUUGAGGAAUUUCGAUCUCUGGAAGUUGCAUUCUUGGGCUGGAGGACUCACUGAAUUUGCAGAUGGAAGGAAUCAGGAGAGCACAAGUGAGGCAGUGAAUGCUUACUAUUCGGCGGCAUUGAUGGGAUUGCACUAUGGAGACACACAUCUUGUGGCCACUGGCUCAACACUAGCAGCAAUGGAGAUUCAAUCAGCACAGACUUGGUGGCACGUAAGGGAAGAGGAAAACAUGUAUGAAGCAGAGUUCAGUAGGGAGAACAGAGUGGUGGGUGUGUUAUGGGCUAACAAGAGGGAUAGUGGACUCUGGUUUGCUCCACCUGAUUGGAAAGAAUGUAGGCUUGGAAUUCAGGUGCUUCCAUUAUUGCCCAUCACUGAGGUUUUGUUCUCUAAUGUUGGAUUUGUGAAGGAGCUAGUUGAAUGGACUUUGCCAGCCUUGGGGAGGGAGGGGGUUACAGAAGGGUGGAAGGGUUUUGUGUAUUCAUUGGAAGGGAUAUAUGACAAGAAUGGAGCUUUAGAGAAGAUAAGAAGCUUGAAUGGGUUUGAUGAUGGGAACUCUCUGUCCAAUUUGCUAUGGUGGAUACACAGCAGAGGUGAUUGGGAUGAGGAGAGAUUAGUGAGAGGAGGGGGUAAGUACUGCUGGUUUGGACAUUACUGCCACUGAAGAUAGCUCAUUGCUGCUUUUUUUCUUCUUUUUUUUCUGUACAUUUUGAGCAAAUAUUUGAAUCAAUAGUAUCGGUUGUGCCUUUGUUGUGAGCUUAAUGUACUUAUUUAUCAUAUUGUUAUUUUCUUUUUCA